AUGAGCCCCGCGGUGCUGAAGCUCGUGACCGACGACGUGCCGCUCGUGGAGGUGUCCGCGACGCUGUCCAAACUCGUCAAGGAGACGUGCAAACGAUCGGAGCUCAGGGACGAACUCUUCCUCAUGGUGCUUCGAACGACGCGCGCGAACGACGACGCGCGGUCCGCGAUCAGGGCGUGGGAGCUGACGCAUCUCACCGCGGCGACGGUGUGCCCAUCGCGCGAUUUCGUCGGGUUCGUGACGGAGUACAUCAACGAGUGCGCGCACGCCGAUCGAAAUUCGCGCGAGGUGCGAGCGCUCGCGGUGAAGGCGCUGAACGCGUUGAAGAAGACGAUGAAGUGCGGGAUGCGGCGGCACGCGCCGAUCACGGAGGAGAUCGAGGCGAUCGCGAACGAUCGGUUCUUGUCCACGAUUGUGUUUUUCCUGGACGAGACGUUCGAGGAGCUGCCGUACACGGCGCAGGCGCGUUCUAUACACUGGUCCCCAUACGACCCCAGCACCGUGGGGGAGGCGGUGGAGACGUUGGCGGGAAUCAUUCGACUGAAGGAAUACUCCACGUUUUCGCUCUUCACGUCGCGGAAGACGCUGCUGUCGAAAGCGUCCGCGGCGGCGAAGGAGGGCGAGGGCACGGAGGAGAGCGUGAUCAUCCAGGACGGCGUGCUCGUGUCUGACAUUUUGUCCGACUUUCGCGAGAGCAAGUCCGACCCGUCGCUGCAGUGCCGAAUCGUGUUUAAAAAACGCAUGUUCCGCGACACGGACGAGGCCAUCACGGAACCGAUGUUCGUGAACUUGUCCUACCUCCAAGCGAAGCACGACUUCCUGGGGGGUAAUUACCCGGUCGGGAACGAUGACUCGAUGCAACUCGCGGCGUUUCAGAUCCAAGCUGAGGAAGGGAACGCGAUGCGCGACGUGGACGAACUCGCGAACGCGCUCGGGAGGUUUUUACCGCGCGCGGUUUUAUCCAACGCCCCGCGCGAAGAACUCGCCGCGGUGGUCAUGUCCAGGCACAAACUCCUGUUGAACCACAGCAAGGACGACGCGCGGCUCGGCCUUCUCACGAUGAUCCGAGCGCUGCCGUACGGCGGCUCGAUCUUUUUCCCGGUGAAACGGAUCGAAGACCCGAUCGGUUUGCUCCCCGGGAGAAUUGUCCUCGGCAUCAACAAACGCGGGAUCCACUUCUUCCGACCGGUCCCGAUGGAGUACCUCCACAGCGCGGAGCUGCGCGACAUCAUGCAAUUUGGCUCCUCCGCGGCCGCGGUGUUCUUCAAGAUGCGCGUCGCGGGGGUGUUACACAUCUUCCAGUUUGACACGAAGCAAGGCGAGGACAUCUGCAUCGCGUUGCAGACGCACAUCAACGACGUGAUGACGAAGCGAUACGCGGAGAAAAAGCAGAAGAACGCCGCGCACUCGUUCGGCGGCAGCGAUGGGACGAAGAAGGUCCCCGCGGCGGCGAUGCACGCGACGGCGGCGAGCAGCAGCUUGAAGAAGGCGUCGGACAAGGCGUUCGGCGGCGGGAAGGGGGGCGGGAGCAGCGAGGAGACGAACAAAAAGAUCGACGAGCUCAUCCUCGAGCGCGCGGACCUCGCGUACCAGCUGAAACAGGCGAAAGAGCAGGUCCAGGCGAUGCAGGACCGCGCGGACGCGGACGCCGCGGAGCUCGCGGCGUUGAAGUCCGCGGGCGCGGCCGGCGCGGGCGCGAAAGCCGCGGGGAAGGCGGACGCGGGGAGGGUGAAGGAGCUGGAAAAAGAAAAGAAGCUCCUGGAGCAAAAACUGACGCGGAUGGAAGCGAGCGCGAAAGAGGACGCCGCGAAGAGCGCGGCGAGCGCGUCGAAAGAAACCCAAGACCUUCGGAAGAAGUACGAAGCCGCAGAGAUCGCCACGCGCGCGUCCGCGGAGUCGCUCGAGGAAGCGAACAGAGCGCUCGACGCGAUGCGCGCAGAAUACGACGCCGUCGCGGGCGAUCUUCAAGAGCUCGAAACGCUGCGCGAGCUCAAGGCGGACGUGGAGCGGAAAGAGAAGCAAGCCGCGGCGAUCAUGAAGAACCAGACGGCGAAGAUCGCGGAGCUGGAGCAGAAGUACCAAGAGGAGAGCACGCUUCGGAAGCGGUACUUUAAUCAGAUGGAGGACAUGAAGGGGAAGAUUCGCGUGUACGCGCGCACGCGGCCGCUGACGGGGAAAGAGACGAAGGAGAAACAAAACGUCGCGCUCCAAAUUCCCGACGAGUUCACCGUCGAGCACCCGUGGAAAGACGAGCGGAAGAACCGGUCGUACACGUUCGAUACCGUCUUCGGCGCGGAGACGCCGCAGGAACAGGUGUUCGAGGACACCAAGUACCUCGUCCAGAGCGCCUUUGACGGGUACAACGUGUGCAUCUUCGCGUACGGGCAAACGGGCUCGGGGAAAACCUUUACGAUUUACGGCGACGAUAAGAACCCGGGGUUGACCCCGAGGGCGAUCUCCGAGGUGAUGAAGAUCGUGUACAAGGGCGCGAAGAAGAACAAGUUCACGGUGAAGAUGGAAGCGUACAUGCUCGAGCUGUACCAAGACUCCGUAAACGACUUGCUCCUCGGUCCGGAUAAGCAGAAGAACCCGCCAAAGUUGGACAUCAAGAAGGACGCGAAAGGCUGGGUCACCGUGCAAAACGCGACGACCGUGCCCGUUUCUUCCGAGGACGAUAUUAAGCACGUGAUCACGUCCGGUUUAAACGUGCGGAAGGUGUCGAGCACGAAGAUGAACGUCGAGUCGUCGCGCUCGCACUUGAUCUUCUCGCUCGUGAUCGAAACCACGGACCUUCAGACGCAGGCGGUGACCAGAGGGAAGCUCUCGUUCGUGGAUCUCGCCGGGAGCGAGCGCACGAAAAAGUCCGGCGCCGCGGGCGAGCAGAUGAAGGAAGCGCAGGCGAUCAACAAGUCCCUCAGCGCGCUCGGGAACGUCAUCUCCGCGCUCGCGUCUGAGAGCGGCCACAUCCCCUACCGCGACCACAAACUCACGAUGCUCAUGUCCGACAGUUUAGGCGGGAACGCGAAGACGCUGAUGUUCGUGAACGUCUCGCCCACGGACGACAACCUCGAGGAGACGCAAAACUCGCUGACGUACGCGACGCGGGUGCGGACGAUCAAGAACGACACGUCGAAGGACGUCGUGAACAAAGAGAUGGCGCGUCUGAAAGCCGCGCUCGCGGCGGCGAGGGCGAAGAGCGGGGACGGGCCGGAGACGCAGGACAUCGCCAACGCGAGGCAAGGCGAGCUUAAGUGAUGCAGCGGUGAUGUCGCGUAUUAUCGUAACAACUAACUUAGCUGGUGGAUGUUCGAGGAGAGGCGAGAGAGGUGAAUCCGUGGUGUGUUAUCGUUAGGUAUCACGUUCGUAGACUUGAUUUGAUUUGCGACGUCAAACGACGCGACGGACGACGAAACGCGCGU